CUUAUCAAUUAUAUUUCAAUUUCAUUAUCAAUACAAAUUAUCGAAUUUUAAUAACAAGAUUAUGUUCAAAACAAAUUUGAAAUUGGUUAUAACCAUAGAUAAUAAAAGAAUAUUUUUUUGGUUAUAACCACAAUUGAGUAUUGACUAUUACUAAUAUGUAUAUAUUGAAAUUCUAUGAUACCAACGCCCUCUCCUUAUAAAUGAGCUUCAGAUCCGCUACUGGUAGGACGGACACCUCUAAAUAGCGGUCAUUAUUUACAGUCCCUUCGGUGACUGUUAUAUGGAAGUUCUACUGUAUAUAAUAUUUCUAUACUUAAAUAAAAACACAGGAUAACUAGUGGCGAUGGCCGUAUGGAAUGAGGGUAAUUCAAUAUUUUAAUAUACAUAUACACGCAAUCCUUUUACUUACACAGUUUCACGCGACAAAUGCAACACAUAUAGUAUAAUAUUCAACACCUCUCCGAUCAGACGUUUAGUAAAAACAAAACAAUCAAUUAUCAUCGGCGCCAGACGACACCGUUGUAAUUCAUAUACCUACAUAUUAUAUUGUAUUAUACUAUAAAACCCCCUCGGCCUUCAAAAAUUAUACGAUCAAGACAUUCGGUAAGAAUAACACAAUAAAUUACCAGUGGCACCUUUGUCACACAUCACAAAAUAAAAUAAAAUCAUAAACACAUCAAUACUUUAACAUUAAGUAUUAAUCGAUGCAUAUCAAAAAAAGGGAUUACACAAAUAUCAUUCUAUAAUAUAAGGAUCAUACAGAAUCGUCGUGUCAGACUGUCUUUUACACAAGAGGAUCCGAUGCACACGUCCAUGCUAAUAUAUGCACUUCGACAAUAUUUUUUUGCAAUUCAAAGCGAGUGCGUUCAUUUAUUAUGUAGGUAUGUAUAUUGAGUUAUUCUAGCAUGCGGCAUGAGUGUAUGACUGUCUAAGUCUCGCAUUAUCGAACAAAUUCACCUUGUUAAUUAUUCAUUCACCUAUAUAUUUACUUUUUGCAAUAUAAGGUUCUACACUAUUACUAUCAUCGUAUUAUAGGCCAUAUAUAGUAUUAUUACAGUUAAAAAAUUAUCUAUUUAGAAUAUAUGUGUAAUAAUAAAUGCUCAUUAACUUAAAUUACAUUUGGUUGGCGAAUUGACUAUUUGUACUCUAUUGCUACGAAUGUAAAAAUGUUGAGAGCAUACGUGCAAUUAUAGUCACGUCCCAAAUCAUAGAUAACAAGUUCAUAUAAUACUGGUGUUCGAAUCAGGGAUGGGGACAGUUGGGCCCCGUGAUAAGAGUUGGGUCCCGUGAUAAGAAAUUAUAAUUGAUAACCUUAAUCAAGAGUUCGAAUUCUAACCUCAAAUAAAAAAAUUACAAUUUAAUACCAACCGUCAGGCAUUGUAAAUAUUUCAGUACGAUUUUUGAGUAAACGAAUUUCUCACCCUGGUCCAAGACCAAAUACAUUAUUUAUCCGUCAUUUAUCCGUCGAAAAUGACCGUUAUUUAACGGUAAAUGGUUCCUCAUUUUACAUUAGCCUGGCUGUGCUUUGGUGCUUGCCGCUUGGUUCAGCAACCAUGUUAAAAUGCAUUUCCAAUGGUCUAUGUCCUUUUGGGGAGUGUCAUCCGCAAUAUUCUACCGCUGAAUUAUGAUAGAAUCCGUUUUGUUACUGAUUAUGAGCGUGCUCUUAUGAAUGCUGUCCAGCGAAUAUUUCCAAACAGCAAAUUGCUCUGCUGCUGGUUCCAUUUUUCACAGUCAGUUGUUAGAUAUUGUCACCGAAAAGUUAAUGGUGACUUGAAUUUGGUGAAGAGGCAUGAAGUGGCAGCUCAUAUUUUCAGAAUGGUAUUAGCAUUGCCUCAUCUACCUGCUAAAAGGGAUAAUCCUGGAUGCCCUAAUUUUUGUAUGAUGGAUGGUUAUCGUGUAAUUGUCGAGUACACCGAACAAUUUCCUGAUAUCAGUGAGGUUAUGAGUCGUUUCCUGAGGGACUACAUAUUGGAUUAUUGGUUUGUGCAAAUAGGUCCACAGCGUUUAAGCGUUUUUGGUCAAGAUCACCGGACCAACAAUUACUUGGAAUCAUUCCAUUCAACGUUGCUCACACAAAUUGGACGCCACCCUAACAUUUGGGAUUUUCUUCAAAGACUGAUUAUUGUCGAAAAUCAGUUCUUCAUAGAAUUUCAACAGCGCACAAAUAACCUCACGAUUAGAGAUGGUACAUCCAGAGCCGAAAGACAAAAUACGACGCGUAUAAUAAGAGAAUCUGUACAACUAAACAGAGACGGUGACUUAUUAAUGUUUUUGAGGAGGACCGGUCACCGAAACGAUGGCUAUGUUCAAGAACAAAUUGGACCUUAUCCAUGAGUAUGUUGUAACUUGUAAAUACUAAAUACCGUACAUAUUUUAAUUAUUUUAAAUUACAUUUUCUGGUUGUUCACUUAUAAAAAUAUUGUACUUAUCAUUGUUGGAAGUCUGUUAUUGUUCAUUGUUUUAUUAUUAAAUAAUGUAAUUUAUUAAGCUUAUAGUUAUUGAAUUAUUGUAUUUAUAAAUGUAUUAUUAUUCAACCAUGUUAUUUAAUAAGUUUGUUAUUAGUUAAAAAUCAUAUUUCACAUCUUUGUUCAAAAGUAUAAUAUAAUUAUUAUGUUUCUCAUAAUCACUAAUUGUAAAAUUAAUAAACUAGC